GGGGCAGACGGCAAAACAAAACGUCACCUCCUGACUGGCCAAAGGAAUGCCUGAAUCUUGGAGGCACUCCCUUUAACUUCAGUGCCGUCUGCCCUCCCCGCAAGCAGCUAUGAGUGAUGCCGAGUAUAUCCUGUUGAAGAGGAAGAAGCGCCUGUGGCCAGCAAAGGUUUUGUCUCGGGGCUGUGCUUCCCAAACACGGCAGGCUUGCAAAGGUGCGGCGACCUACUGCUUGGUUGAAAUCCUAGGUUUGAAUGAACAAGCGCGUGUGCAUUGCAAAAGCGUUGAGCUCUUGACGGAGGAGAGCAUCGAAUGCAUUGCUGCAAACUUAGGUCAGAGCAGGAAAGACCACGAUAAAAUGGAAGAGAUAACGUAUCGGCGAGCUCUUCGGGAAGCUCUGGACAUUUUGCAACAAACCGCACAGUCCAAAGAAAGAAGCCCUUCAAAGGCUACAAAAAGUAAAGCAGCAACCCGGAAGGAAACCGAAGGCCAUGUGGCUGGCCAUUGGCCGCGCUCCUCUCAAAAUGACAUGCAGAAGAGGGAAAGGGAGGCAGCCGCAGCACUGCAGAUCAUGGGUGCCCCAAAUAAGUGUUGUAAUCGUUCCAGGGGAAAACCCAAGGAAUCUCCCAGUGCCAAAUUGCCUGGGUCUAAAUCAAGAGUCCUUUUGAGAAAUGGGGAGUUGAAAGGCCAACCCCGACGUGCAGCCAAAGCCAAAACGCCAGUGACGCCUAAGAAAGAGGUCACACUGAAACCGUUGUCUGGCCCCGUCGCAAGCAGAAGAUCCCCGCGUUUCUCUAAAGUGGGGGAGAGGCACCCUCAAGAGGAGGCCGGCAGGGAAAGGAGCUCCUCCCCGCCUCCUUCGAAAUGCUUCGCUAGAACUAGCACCCCGACUCGCUCCUCUCCCAACUUUGCCAAAUUGACUCCGGGCAGAAAGCUUGGUGGUGAACUGGGGCUGAGAAGGAGCCUGCUUGGGUCGCCCAUCAAAUGUCCUUCAGCUGAAGCAGAAAAGGGUCCCGCGGAGGAAGAAGAGCUCCCGCCCAGGAAAUACAGCAAAGACCGGGAUGGCGAGAGGCACCCUCAGGACUUGAAAGGUCAGAAACAAACCCCUGCGGUGUCCUCUCUUUGCCAAGAAAGAAGAGGUGCGAGUCUUCACGAGGGCUCAGCCGGCAGCCCUGAUCCCGUUGGGGCUGUUUUGGAUGGCAUCCGGAAGGAAAACCUGUAUCCGUGGGCAGAGGAAGCAAAAAACUUCCAGCUUUGCGAUUGGGAAGGAAAAGCAGGCUUCGAGUCUCCCUUGGAGGCAGCACGGAGACUUAGUCCAACCGGAGAACUAUGCCUCAGCUCAGCUUUUGUGGAUGAAGAGGCAGCUGACGAUGAAGAAGAACUCCCUAGUAUCCUCCUGCAUCAAGAGCCUUGCUCGAUGGAAGCGGGGAUGCUGGUUUGGUGCAAGUUCUCAAGAUACCCCUACUGGCCUGCCGUGGUGAAAAGCGUGAAGCAGAAAGCUAAGAAGGCCAGCAUACAGUUCGUAGAGAAGCAUAUGAAUGACAAGAAAUCCAAAGGUCUCUUCGUCUCUCUCAGAAACCUAAAGCACUUUGACUGUGAGGAGAAGCAGAUGCUGAUCGAUAAAGCCAGGGAGGGCCAUUGGGAUGAAAUCAACUGGUGCAUCAACCUGAUCACAGACUAUAGAAUUCGAGUAGGCUGUCAUUCUUUCACUGGCACCCUUUUGGAGUACUGUGCUGACGAUAUGAGCUACCCGGUUAGAAAAGAGACCUAUCACGACUUAUCCCAGAUGAUCUCCCCACAAAUAGAGGAAGUGAACUCUGAAGAACCUCCACCUGAGGCCACUCCCCCCAAGCCCACCAAGAAAGUCCUUCCUGACAGGACAAGAGCAGCCAGGGACAGAGCCAACAAGAAGAUCGUGGAGUUCAUCGUGAAGGCCAAGGGGGCCCACGAGCACCUCCGAGCCAUCUUGGAGAGCAAGAAGCAGUCGCUGUGGCUGAACAAGUUCCUCAAGGCGCCUCCGUCUGUGACCUCCAUCGAGACCUACCUGGAGGACGAGAACCAGCUGGACCUCGUGGUCAAAUAUUUGCAGGAGGUUUACCGGGAAGUCGAUGCUGAACUGCUGCCGCUCAUCAACGGAGACAGCGUCAAAUUCAUCUUGGAUGUCCUUUUUCCAGAGGCAAUCAUAUAUGCCAUUUCAGCUGUGGAUCGGAUUGACUACAAGAAGGCGGAAGAAAAAUACAUGAGGGGGCCGUUGCUUGGCCAAAGGGAAAAGGAGAUAUUCGAAGAGAAUCUUCGGAAAGAAAAGGAAGCGAGGCCUGCAGCAGCCGACCCCCUCUCCUGAAGAGGCCUCGUGAAUCCGGCUGCCGUUUCCUUCCAAGUUCUUGGCGGGGCCCAACCUGUGUACAUAGAAGAGAUGGAAUCACAAUUAUUUUGUACAUGAAAUAUAUUCCUUUUUUAAUGUUUAUAAUAUAUAUAUAAAUAUAAAUAUUUGUCUAUUUGGUGGUUCAGUGAGGGAUCAAAUCCUCGUACCACCAUAACUGUCUCUCUCCCCCCACCCCCCACAAUAAUUCAAAUUGCAUUUUGUUAGAAGGAUGAAGAUUCAGGCCAGGCUGUCUGGCCUGCCUUCUCUGUCUGCUCCCCCCCCCCCCUUCCUGGGACUGGCCAGAAUUAAUGGCCUCGCUUCGGGGAUCAAUAUCUUGUGUACUCCCCCCCCCUUCCAUGAGUGGGCAGUUGCUUUCAAUGGAGAUGAGAUUUUUUUUUCAGAAGGCAGGUUUGCUUCUUAUGGUAAUUUGCACCUUUCUUUUACACACACACCCCUUUCUAAUCCUACCCCCCCUCCACCAAGUUGCCCGUGGUCAGACAGAUUUGCCAGAUACGUGAAACCUUACAGAAGCCUACCGGCAGUGGGGUUAGAAAACACACCGGCAACAAUAACCCACCAUCAACUCUCCUGUGUGUAUGCUGGAGCGUCUCUAGCUUAGCUGAAUCCUGAGUCGUGCUUCCAAAGCCCCACAGCCACAUGGUCAUCUCCUGAAUUCUAUCUCCCACCACCACCAAAUGCAACUCCAUCCAUCCCAACAGCUUAGGAGGAGGCAGCUGGCAACAAAAAAACGGCUCGUAAGCUGAUGCUUUGGCUUGGGACUCCCAGCGCUGCUUAAAAUCCAUUUGACUUCCGGGAUUAAUUUGCCAGGCUUGUUGUUCAUUCCUGCAGCAGCCUACCUUUUAAAAUGAUUUUUAAUGGACGAUUUGCAGAUAAUAAACUAUCAUUCUAAGUGG